AUGUAUUCGCAUCUGCUGCUACUGGUGUCUACUUUGGCAUACUGCCAUGCAUUAUAUUUCCACAUUGCUGAGACGGAGAAAAAAUGUUUUAUUGAGGAGAUCCCUGACGAAACAAUGGUACGUAACCGGCAAUUACAAAGUCCAAUUAUACGAUUAUACGACACGAAGGGCUACGGAGACUACCCAAAUAUCGGGAUGCACGUAGAAGUGAAAGAUCCUGAAGAUAAGGUUAUUCUGUCCAAAUUGUACACGUCAGAAGGAAAAUUCACAUUCACGUCUCAUCUUCCCGGAGAGCAUGUGAUUUGUCUAUAUUCGAAUAGUACUGCAUGGUUCAGUGGAGCUCAGCUUAGGGUGCACCUUGAUAUUCAAGCCGGAGAACACGCCCAGGAUUACGAGCAGAUUGCAACGAAGGAUAAGCUGAAUGAGUUGCAACUUCGCAUUCGUCAACUUCUAGACCAAGUUGAUCAGAUCACGAAGGAGCAGAAUUACCAGCGAUACCGGUUAGUUUUAGGUAGCUUCACCGUCGGUGCAUCCUCAGGCUGCUCCUAG